CGCCACACCCACAGGCUGCGCCGCCACCCACAACAUCUUGCCAGUGGAGACGAGGACGACCGGUAAUCGCAAGCCGCACGAGCAUUCGAGCGAUGCAUCCCCCUUCAGGCGCGAGCACUCAACUCCCGCCCAACCAGCCUACUUCCAGCAAUGCAGCGCCAGCAACUCCAAACAAACAUUCUUCGGCGCAAGUACAAACAACGAGCCCUUUGCAGAGAGUCGGGCUAUGGGAUCCAUCGUACGGGUUACGCUUUGCAACGACGUCGCCAGCAGAGGCACAACAGCCUGCCCCCGCUCCUAUAGACACGAGACCUGUGGCACAGCCCCAAGCUGCAGCAUUCGAGCCACCCCAUACUAGCACCGAUCCUACCCAUAGUGGUAGUGAUGCAGAAGAGGGUGCAGAAACAACUACGGAAGAUAGCGCCUAUUCAGAGCCAAGCCAGUCGUCGUACCGUGUUGAUUCCUCAGAAGAGCCCGAGUCCACAGACAUGGGUGAGACUACUUCACAAGGCGAGACCGAGUCGGAAGUCGGUACAGAAGACGAGGCGAAUACCAACACAACCCUUGCCUACCAGAUUCCAGAAGACACACUACGUGCUGCAAUGCUCGCUUCGCCCAACACACGUGCGAGUUACUGGAGCGCAAACUUGUACCAGGGCCCCGAGGGCGAGUCGCUUUCGAUCCAUUAUUGCAAGACGUUCAAUGUUGCCGAGAGGGUUGCGCAGUAUUUUCUCAAAGAAAAGGUUGUAGGCUUCGACAUUGAAUGGAAGCCCUAUGGGAACCCAGCCGCGAUCAAGCAAAACACUUCACUGAUUCAGCUUGCGUGCGAAGACCGGAUUGCCUUGUUCCAUGUCUCUCUGUUUUCGGGGACCAAGGUGAACCAACUGAUGCCUCCCAGUCUGAAAGCCGUCCUGGAAUCACCAGAUAUCAUCAAAGUAGGAGUGGCCAUCAAGGGAGACUUUAAACGUGUGGAAAGGUAUCUUCGGGUCCACCCUCAAGGCGUCUUCGAGCUCAGUCGCUUGCACAACCUUGUGGAAUGGUAUGCAGUCGAUCCCGGCAAGGUCUCAAAUCGACUGGUCAGUCUUGCUACCCAGGUACUUACACACCUUCAAUUGCCUUUGUACAAAGGCGAGCAGCUGGAAGACGAUCCAGAGACCACAUCCAGUGUCCGAGAGAGCGACUGGAGUCUUCCGCUGAACCUACAACAAAUACACUACGCAGCAGCUGACGCGUACGCCGCAUUUCGACUCUAUCACAUGCUGGAGUGGAAACGCACGCAGCUGACACCGACGCCUCCCCCCGUGAUGCUUUGCGACUACGACAACAAACCUACUCCUCGUGCUACACCGCGUAAAAGAGCAAAAGCGGCUACCAAGGCCAAGAGUGCUGUUGAUACCGAUUCGAAUUCGUCAGUUGGUUCUGCAGAAGAGCAAGACAGCAGCCAGGAUGGUGAAGGCUACGAGACAGCCCCAGAAGAGCUCAUAGACAGCCAUGAACUCGAGGAACCUGUAACGGCACCAAAGUCUGCGCGCAAAGCCAUCAAGAACGAACCCUCCUUGUUUGACAGUGCUGACCCGGGCUAUCCGAAACUGCCACAAGCAUCACAGGAGAGCACGAAAGAGUCUCAGUCGAGCGGAUGCUCAGACAGUACCGACAAUGAGUAUGCAGAUUCAGAACUUGAAGAGGCUCUUGGAAACUGGACGCUUGACGAGGCCGGAAACUUGAAAGAGGACGUCAAGACUGUCGCUUUUGAGCAGCCCGACGCCUCCGCUGCCAAUGUCAAGGCGCAACCAAUGCAACAAGUGGCAUCGGAGAAGGACCAAGGGGCUCAAGACGCCACAGCAGCCGAUCUCUCGGAUUACAGUGCUACCUCUUUCGACUUGGGUGAAGACGAUGAAUCUGCAUCAGCGGUAGACGAGUCAAUUGUUGAUGCGGCAAAUGAAUCAUCGCGUGCUCCCGAAUAUGAGCUGGCAACGACUUGGGCACAGAAUUACGCUCAGUCUACCAUUCCUUCGCCAAAGACCCCGCCCCGCUCUGGCAUUCGCGCAACUGUAACCCAUCUCCGUGCCUACCAUCUGUGGCACCACCAGAAGAUGUCAGUGGGCGAGAUUGCGCGACUGGCGCGAGAUCCGCCGCUCUCGCGCAACACCGUCACCAGCUACAUUCUACAGGCAGUGACGCUAGAAAAACUCGAAUACGAACAGGACUCUCUGAGGAGUUUGAUAGUGGCAUUGCCUUUGGGCAUGAGGAACGGACGAUGGAAGGGGCUGGCAGUCAAGAUUGGGGCUUCGCGCUAGGCCAUGGGGAGAUUUUGUAUGCAUCAUGUAGUAUCUACCAGCUAGUAUGAAAUGGGCUGCCUACUCAGCAGCAUUGC